AUGUCGCAAGCAAGUGCUGCAGCGGUCAGCGGCCCCCUACCCCCUGACUAUGCGGCGGACGCCGCCAAUGUUCAGGAGACGUUGGCCCCUGACACCCUGCGCUUUGCAGGACGCUCCAUCCAUUCGGCCAACUCCGCUUCAGCGAAUUCGGGAGUGUAUGAAAUCAACUGCCAGAUCGAUUUCUUGCGCGAGACAGACCGGAAAGUCGAGUUUAGCCGUAUCGACUACAACCUCAAAAGACGGAACCCCGACUCCACCGCGGCCCCGGAGAUCGUUGUACAACCCAAACUCGUCUUUAACCUCGAACGUCCACCGCUAGUUGUGCAUGACCCCUUCGCAUACUACCUGUGGCCCGCUUCUCGUAGCGUACUAGGCUCAAUCGGCGUCAAGUUUGCAAAGAUUGGCAAGAGCGCUUGCAAAGCAUGGCGCAUCAGAAGGAAACCUAACACGAAUGGCGAAUAUGAACCCCGAGAACUUUUGUUUGAUAUCAAGCCAAACAAUGACGUGUUUGACUGGCUUGAUGGGAAGGGAGUCCGCCUCGCAGUAGAGGAGUCUAAAGACGACAUGUACAGUCUGAACAUUCUGGUACCCUUGGAGCGCGCUGUGCGGGAUGCCCUUGUCGCAACAUGGUGUAUAAGGCUUUGGGAGUGUAAAUCGGUGCAGUUCCACAAGAAGCGAACGUGGAAAGACAGAAAGCACAUUAUCGAGACCUGUACAAGAGGUCUUCCAGCAGCUGGAAGGUUUGCGACCCCGUCGAAAUACCUAGGUUAA